AACAGAACAGCACGGAACGCUCUCAAAAGCGCUGGGCCACAGCUGAGAACGGACGUGUGCGCGUUUGUGUGAGACAACUGUUUUCCUAAAGAUAAUAGGAUAAAUGAAAAUUCCCCCUAAUACAAUUGGAAAAUGUAAAAUAAAUAUAUUCCUAUGCUAUAACAAACAAACACAAAAUCAAAAAACUUAAUCAACGCUUAAACAAAACUCCCUAAGUAAAUCUUGAACGCAAAAGAAGUUAAUACUCCUUAGUUGCUAUUGCCCCCACAAAAUGCUGCCAAACCACGCCUGAGCCUCAAUCUCAAUCUCAACCUGAACAAGGGCCAGAACCAGAACACAACUGUGAUCAUAGACAUAACAACGAGAGUGGCCAGAAGCCAGGGAAAACCAGGGGAAACCAGAGCCACAGCCAAGGAUGAGGGAAUCCGGGGAGACAGCCAGCAGCCUGCCAGACCGCAAGUGAGCGAUUUAUAGAUCCGCAGAUAAUACCGGGCCCGGAAGUCGGAAUCAAUUGCCCCGGCGAUAGCAAUCGGCAGAGGAAAAGAGCGGACAUCGCACACAGGAGCAGGACAUUCGCCAUCGGAGGCUGUAAUGACGACAAUUGACGCGAUGUAGCGCAGACUUAUGGUCGGCGAACGCGACAGGGACCGUGAGGCGGUACGCUGGGCAACGGGUGAAUCAACACCGCUUCAAACCAAUAAUGGAGUAUUACAAAUGGUCGGGCAAUUGCAAGGUGGACAGGCUGCUGGCCAGCAACAGCAACAGCAACAAGCGACUCAGCAACAGCAACUCUCGAAGCAGCACCAGCAGCAGCAGCAGCUGCAACUCAAGCAGCAGCAACAGCAACAGCAGCAACAGCAGCAGCAGCAGCAGCAACAGGACAUCCUGUAUCAGCAACAUAACGAGGCAAUUGCAAUUGCACGCGGACUGCAGGCUGCAACACCUGCCGACCUCGGCGAUAAUCAGCCCUACUACGAUACAAGCGGUAAUGUCGAUUGGGAGCGGGCGAUGGGAGCCGGUGGAGCUGGUGCAUAUGGUGGCAUCGGCAUCGGAUCUCUACCAGCAGCUGGCGGUGCUGCUUAUCACCUUGGGCCAGCUAAUCCCGCAGGCCUCGUUUCUCGUCACCUGGAUUACGCUGAUGGCGGCCACCUUGCUGGCCCAUCCGCCGGUCUUCCUCUUGCCGCUGUACCAGGAUCGGGAGCAGUAUCGGCAGCGGUAUCGGGAGCAGGAUCAGGAGGAGCAGGAUCCGGAGGUGCUGGAGCAGGAGCAGGAGCAGUCACUGGAUCUGGUCCAGCCGCAGCAGGCAAGGAAGUUCGCUACGCCCCAUUCCCAGUCGCAUCACCAACGCACUCGAUUCCCACAACCUCCCAGCAGAUCGUUGGCAGCGUCGGUGGCGGGGGCGUCGGUGGUGGUGGAGGUGGCAGCCAAUCCAUCUCGGGCGGUGGUCCCACCCACAGCCAGAGCAACACCACCGGCGCCCUGCAGCGGACACAUUCCAGAUCCAUGUCCUCCAUACCGCCGCCCGAGCCGUUCAUGAUAGCCCAGUCGAAGGCGGUCAAUAGCCGCGUGUCCAUCAACGUGGGCGGGGUGAGGCACGAGGUCCUGUGGCGGACGCUGGAGCGGCUGCCCCACACGCGGCUCGGGCGGCUGAGGGAGUGCACCACCCACGAGGCCAUCGUGGAGCUGUGCGACGACUACUCGCUCGCGGACAACGAGUACUUCUUCGACCGCCAUCCGAAGAGCUUCAGCUCGAUCCUGAACUUCUAUCGCACCGGCAAGCUGCACAUCGUCGACGAGAUGUGCGUGCUCGCGUUUAGUGAUGACCUGGAGUACUGGGGCGUCGACGAACUGUACCUGGAGUCCUGCUGCCAGCACAAGUACCACCAGCGCAAGGAGAACGUCCACGAGGAGAUGCGCAAGGAGGCCGAGUCCCUGAGGCAGCGCGACGAGGAGGAGUUCGGCGAAGGUAAAUGCGCCGAGUACCAGAAGUAUCUCUGGGAGCUGCUGGAGAAGCCCAACACCAGCUUCGCCGCCCGGGUUAUCGCAGUGAUAUCCAUACUAUUCAUAGUCCUGUCUACCAUAGCCCUGACGUUGAACACCCUACCACAACUACAACACAUUGACAACGGUACACCACAGGAUAAUCCGCAAUUGGCAAUGGUUGAGGCCGUGUGUAUCACGUGGUUCACUCUAGAGUACAUACUUAGGUUUAGCGCCUCGCCGGACAAGUGGAAGUUCUUUAAGGGCGGCCUUAACAUAAUCGAUCUAUUGGCAAUACUCCCAUACUUUGUUUCGUUAUUUCUAUUGGAAACGAAUAAGAAUGCAACGGACCAGUUCCAGGAUGUGCGUCGGGUGGUGCAGGUCUUUCGCAUCAUGCGCAUCCUGCGAAUCCUUAAGCUGGCCCGUCACUCAACGGGCCUGCAGUCGUUAGGCUUUACGCUGCGUAACUCAUAUAAGGAACUCGGUCUACUAAUGCUGUUCCUGGCCAUGGGCGUUCUCAUAUUUUCUUCGCUGGCAUAUUUUGCCGAAAAGGAUGAAAAGGAUACAAAAUUCGUUUCAAUACCGGAAACAUUUUGGUGGGCGGGUAUUACAAUGACAACUGUUGGCUACGGGGACAUCUAUCCCACAACUGCACUGGGAAAGGUUAUUGGUACUGUGUGUUGCAUAUGCGGUGUUCUGGUAAUCGCUUUGCCUAUUCCCAUCAUCGUUAACAAUUUUGCUGAAUUUUAUAAGAAUCAGAUGCGACGCGAAAAGGCCCUCAAGCGUCGCGAGGCACUCGAUCGUGCCAAGCGCGAGGGCAGCAUUGUCUCCUUCCAUCAUAUCAAUCUGAAAGAUGCCUUCGCCAAGUCCAUGGAUCUCAUCGAUGUGAUUGUCGACACAGGCAAGCAAACAAAUGUCGUGCAUCCGAAGGGUAAAAGACAAAGCACCCCCAAUAUAGGCAGGCUCGAUGUGCAAAGCGCCCCAGGCCACAAUCUCUCGCAAACGGACGGCAACAGCACCGAGGGCGAGUCCACCAGCGGACGCAAUCCGGCCACCACCGGAACCGGGUGCUACAAGAACUACGACCACGUAGCCAACCUGCGCAACUCCAACCUGCACAACCGUCGCGGAUCCAGUUCUGAGCAGGAUGCAGUACCGCCCUACAGCUUCGACAAUCCCAAUGCCCGCCAGACCUCGAUGAUGGCCAUGGAGAGCUAUCGCCGCGAGCAGCAGGCAUUGCAGCUGCAGCAGCAACAGCAGCAGCAGCAACAGCAACAGAUGUUGCAGAUGCAACAGAUUCAGCAAAAGGCCCCCAACGGAGGUGGAUCCGGAUCGGGAGUGGCCAAUAACCUGGCCAUGGUGGCCGCCUCCAGUGCGGCAACUGCAGUGGCCACCGCCACAAAUACCACUAAUACCAGUAAUACCGCCCAGGGGUCAGAGGGCGCCGAGGGAGGCGGCGGCGAAGAUGGGGGCGGGGUCGAUGACGACAACCUGUCCCAGGCCAAGGGACUGCCCAUCCAGAUGAUGAUCACGCCCGGGAUAUUACGGGGACGCAGUAAGGAGGAAGUGGCCGAGCUGCGUCGCCAGGUGGCUCUGGAGAACCUGCAGAACCAGCGGAUGGACAACCUGGAACAGGAUGUGCCCGUGGAAUUCGAGUGCUGUUUCUGCACCACCAAGGACUUCAAGGAGUUCACCGAUGCGGAGGGCGUGAUCGCGCUGCCCACUUCCGACUUCCACAAACCGAUCUGCCUGGAGAUGCGACUUGCGGAGGCGAGUCGUCAGGCGGGAGCCUUUGGACUCCUGUCCCCCCUGCCAGCCCCUCUGCCACCGCUCCAGGGUCCGCUCCUGGCCCUGCCCCCGCCGCCCCCGCUGCCGCCAACGUCCUGUGCCGCCGUCCUUCUGCCCGCCAUCUCGCAAUCCUCGUCCACAUCCUCGUCCUAUGGCACCACCACCUCCACCACCAUCGCUUUGCCCCUGGACGUAUCUUUGAGAUACGGGGCCACCAUCUGCAGUUCGUCCAACUUCAAUCACAAUUACAACAACAACUUCAACACCACCACAGUGGGUGGAGUGGGUGCGAAUGGAUCGCUGCUGUUCGGUGGCAACUACAAUGGGAGCAAUAACAACAAUGCCGAUCUGGCCAGCGUGGAUAGCUCGGAUACCUAUGCCAGUUGUCAGACCCACCCAUUCCUCUCCCAGGGAGAUCUCACCGCGGACUUCAAUGACGAGGCCUGUGCCCUGGACAUCGAUAUGGAUAAUCUGUACAUAAAUCCCCUGGAACGGGAGCAGCAUCAGGGGAUCAGCAGCUCCACGGGCUUCAUUGUGGGCCUGCCAAGCACCACAUCCUCGGGUGUACUACGUGCCCAGGUGAAGAAGAGCGCCUCCGGGGACACGGCCCUGAGGAACUUGGCCUCCGGAGGCGGAGGAGCCGGCGGUCUGAGUCCCCUGGACGAUGUCUACCAGAGCUUCGAUGUCCAGGAGCGGGGCAGCCGGGUGAGCUUGAACGAGAACUCAGUGCCAAAGCAUCGGAAGACGCGGUUCCAGCAGAGCUUCACCGCCAUGCGACCAAGUGGCGCCACAGGCGUCCUGGGGGGCAUCCGCCCUCGGGCCCGCUUCGAGGACACCAGGCUGGACGACGAGACGGGGGGCCGCCCGGAGGGGGGACAAGCGGGCGGAUCUGGCAGCCCAGCGGCCAGCGGAUCCGGCGGAUUCGGCGGUCAGGGACCCAAGAAGAAGCGCUCGGGCUUCAUGCCGGGCAAGAGCUUAGCCACUGCCACCAAACUGAUCAACCAGCAUUUGUUUGGCAUACAGAAUGUGGGCGCCAAAGCCAAGUUCGAGAGCAAGCAUUCCUCAUCGAUAGACUCGAUUGACGCCUCGCCCAAUCUGGAGCACCACCGGCGCUCCAAGUCGAUCCUGAAAAACAAGUCUGAUAUCUCGCGCGUCCUGUCCGAUCCGGAAAGCGAGCGUCUCCUGGCGGACAACAUGUCCGGCUCCGGCGUCUCCGACAACGGCACCGUAAUGGGCGAAUCCGGCAGCGAUUACUCACCGAAUAAAUUACCUCAUUCAGUUUUAGCUAAGUCUAUAUCCCCACCACCCCUCAGGCACCGCACCCUAAUGCACCAGCGAUCAGUACCAGCGACCUUGCAAUCGAAGCCCACGAAGUUCCAGACACCCCGGUAUCCCGAGGAGCAGGCUCUGCGCCAGGUGAAGCCACUCCUGUCGCGAGCACCUCCAUCCACAUCCGCAUCCGCGUCCGCAGGAUCCGCGGAUGGUCAGCAGACCAGGGACAGCAGUCUGGACUCGGAGACGACCUUCACAUCGCCCGUGAGCAGUCGAGCUGGGGAGGAUCCCCCGACUGCCGCCGCCAGCCAGGCUCCAGCGGCUCCUGGCCAGGAGGAUCGCGAGGAGGAGGGCGAGGCGGAGGCCAACGACGAGCAGAGGGCCCUUCUCCAAGGACGCGACGCCGAGGAGGCUAACAGGCCGGGGAACGAGGGCACGUAGCAAUUAGGGACCCACACACAAAACGACACCCCAAAAAUGUAAAAAAUGACAACCUACUCCAAAGGGAAACCCUCACACAACACACACCCACACACACCCCCACACACACCCCCACACACAUACACACUCACAACACACAAAAAUACAAAGGGAAAACUCAAAGUGAUAGCAAAGUUAGCAAACAUGGAAUGUGAAUUAUAUAAAAGCAAUGAACAGUAUCCUAGUCUAGAGAUGGUGGGACGGUCCCUGGCAGAUCCCCGGUAUUCGAUCUGAGUAUUUUUACAAAUAGAACAGAGGAAAAAUUAAAAAUGAAAACGGAAGAGCUACCCGAACUGCAAUGAAAUGUUUGCAGAGCCGCGCAAGUCGUACAAAAAGCCUAACAAAAAUAUUAUUAUUAUAAUAUACCCUAAAAGUAAUGUUACCGUGUAAAUAGCAGAGCCCAAUCCACUCGUGUACAGAGCAACCUUUAUUUACCGCCUUCAGGACACAGCUAACAGAAAAAAUAUAUAGACGAAAUCACCAGAAAAGCCUAAAUAGCAACAAAUGAAACGGAAAUAUUCAUAUUUUGAAUGCAACUUAUAAAUAUAUACAAUAUAGAAUAUACACGCAUCGCAAUUGCAGCUCGCAUAUUUACACAUUAUAUAUACAAACUAAACGAUAAAUAAGUAUAUAGCUCGAACUAUUUUUCAAACCGCGCGCUAAACCCCGCAGAUCGGAGGCUUGAGGAGGCUAUAGACGAGGAGGGGGAUACGACAGCCCCACCCCAUAAAUUAGAUCCGCAUGGCCAUAUGCAUAUAUCUGUAUGUAAAUCGUUCGUAUCGUUCGCGUAUCGUUCAAAUUCAUAAUGUCAAAAAGUCAAAAAGUAGUUGAAAAUCGUUGGGCAACCAGUUCGUUUCUAGAUCUAUAAGUACAUGUGCGUGUGUGUAGGGCUUAGGGCUUAUCGAUAGAGCUUGGCUUGGCAUAGUCCCCCGAUAAAAUCUGAUUUGCAGAACGAGUAGUAGAGAUUGAGGUUGGUUGGGUAAUAGCAAUAUUGCUUGGAUGUAGAUGUUGUUAUUUAUUAUGCGGCUGGGACAAGGCCUUUCGAGGGGUGCCAUCGAAGUCUGCAGAGAUUCCGAAUCCCCUGAAAUGGUAUUGUACCCACCCAUAUGCUGUUAGUUAGUUAUGGAGCGUGUAUGUGUUACGUAUGUUAGUUAGUUCAGUUAGUUAGAUCUACCCUAGGCAGUUGACUCGAUGUUUAGUUCCCUAGUUCCGUUUUCCGAAUACGUAAGCAAUAAAAUUGGAAAUCUUCACCCGAGGGGGCGUUUUCCCCGUUCGAAGAGCGUGUUUAGUCAAUUAUUGCAACCCAAGUUGUUUGUCCACAUUCCAUUCUGUGUAUGCGUGCGAGAGUGUUUUGGUUUUUGGUGUUCUAGUAUAUCCUCCAUGGGUUACCCCGAUCGAUCUGUCCAACUGGCUUGGGUUUGUCCUGCUUAGUUGCCUCUGCUCGGCCACCGAUGAGCCAGGAUGCGAGUUAGCCUCUUAGAAACAUAUCAGUAAAGGGAAUACGAACUCACUCACUCACCCACACAGCCACACACCCAACACCUCUCACAAACACACGCCCACACCCACACCCACACCCACACACCCUCAGAAACCACAGACAUCACACUGUAAGAAAACUACACAAAUUUUAUUAAGAGACGAUAAUAAAAUGUCUCAUCGUCCGCUUUUCGAAUUGAUAAGAAAACACAAGCAUUGACACAAAAACAGAACUAAACCAAAAAAAAAAACAAAAGCAAACACUAUUCGAUAACUAAUGUUAAA